CCCUCCCUCCCUCGACCAAUGAGCGGCGCUGUUGCUGGCAGGUGCGGAGUGUUUUUGUUUUGGCUUCGAGAAGAAGAAGAAGACGAAGACGAAGAAGUAGUAGUUGGAGAGGAAGAAGGGAAGGAGAGGAGGAGGAAGAGGAGGAGAAGAGGAGGAGGAGGGAGGCCGGUCUCUCUCUCUCUCUCUCUUUCUCCAUCUCCCUCUGUGUCUCUUGUUCUUCCCCGCAGCCCCUUCGCAGAGCCUGGCCUUCCAGAGCGCCCCCCUUCUAGGCCAAUCUAGCCUAGCCUAGCCUAGCCUAGGCUAGCCUUCCUGCCUGGCUUCUCUGCCCAGGCGCUGAGGAAGUGGGGGGCCAGGCCCUCCUCGGCCUGGCCCGGCUCGGCUGGGCCUGGCCCGGCUUCCCUGGAGCCCAGCCCCGCUGCCGGGCCUACACCAUGCGGAGGGAGAUGAACGGGGUCACCAAGAGCAGGUUUGAGAUGUUCUCAAACAAUGAUGAGGCUGUGAUCAACAAAAAGCUUCCCAAGGAACUGCUGCUUCGAAUAUUCUCCUUCCUGGACGUGGUCACGCUAUGCCGUUGUGCUCAGGUCUCCAGGGCAUGGAAUGUCCUGGCCCUGGAUGGAAGCAACUGGCAGCGCAUUGACCUGUUUGAUUUCCAGAGAGACAUUGAGGGACGUGUAGUGGAGAAUAUUUCUAAAAGAUGUGGGGGUUUCUUGCGAAAGCUGAGCCUGCGUGGAUGCCUAGGUGUGGGAGACAACGCAUUAAGGACGUUUGCACAGAACUGCAGGAAUAUUGAGGUUUUGAAUCUGAAUGGCUGCACCAAGAUUACAGAUGCUACAUGUACUAGCCUUAGUAAGUUCUGCUCCAAACUCCGGCAUCUUGACGCUUCCUGCACCUCAAUAACCAAUCUGUCCCUCAAAGCACUGAGUGAGGGCUGUCCCCUGCUGGAACAGCUCAAUAUCUCAUGGUGUGACCAAGUGACAAAGGAUGGCAUCCAGGCUUUAGUGAAAGGUUGCGGUGGACUCAAAGCUCUGUUUCUUAAGGGCUGCACACAGCUGGAGGAUGAAGCCCUCAAAUAUAUUGGAGCGCACUGUCCUGAACUGGUAACUUUAAAUUUGCAGACUUGCUUGCAAAUAACAGAUGAUGGCCUCAUUACAAUAUGUAGAGGAUGCCACAAGUUACAGUCUCUGUGUGCAUCUGGCUGUUCCAACAUCACAGAUGCCAUCUUGAAUGCUUUAGGGCAAAACUGUCCAAGGCUUAGAAUAUUGGAAGUGGCUCGGUGUUCUCAACUCACAGAUGUGGGCUUUACCACUUUGGCACGGAAUUGUCAUGAGCUAGAAAAAAUGGACCUGGAGGAGUGUGUUCAGAUAACAGAUAGCACAUUAAUACAGCUCUCCAUACACUGUCCACGGCUCCAAGUUUUGAGUUUAUCACACUGUGAGCUCAUCACUGAUGAUGGUAUUCGCCAUCUGGGCAAUGGUGCUUGUGCUCAUGAUCGCCUGGAGGUAAUCGAGCUGGACAACUGCCCUUUGAUUACAGAUGCCUCCUUGGAACACCUCAAAAGCUGCCAUAGUCUGGAGAGGAUAGAGUUGUACGACUGUCAACAGAUUACACGGGCUGGAAUCAAAAGACUCAGGACCCAUUUACCCAAUAUUAAAGUCCACGCCUACUUCGCGCCCGUGACCCCCCCACCCUCAGUGGGGGGCAGCAGACAACGUUUCUGCAGAUGUUGCAUCAUCCUAUGACGCGGGAGCCAAUCUAUCUUGUGUGAAAAAAACUGAGUAUUUAAAUUACCCUUCUAGAAGUAACCGUGGACACCAGUAACUCCACGAAAAGUGAUGCCGGUGGUCUUGUCGCAAGGGCCUGCUGAAAAGAAGGCAAAGCAGGGGGAACUGGAUGCUGAACCCCUUUUUUGCCCCAUAGCCACACACGAAAACACACGUCAUAGUGUCCACACAUACCUGCACACACACACACACACCCCUACUUAGUCCAGCAAACUGAAGGACACUGGAGCUGAGGAGCUGGAUCAGUGGGAUCUUUCUCCUUUUUUUCCUUGUAGGUGGAUUGGUAUAAUUGUGAACCAUUCCUACUGGGCAUGCUCAGAAAAAAACAUGGGAAGGGGUGGGUGGGAGAAACCAUUGGGAGGGAAUCAUCAUAAACUUCUGAAGAACUGCUGCUUCUCGGCAGUGGGAGGGAGAAGAUGGUUCUUUUUGACAUUGAAAUCAGCAAGAUGGACAAACCCUUCAAUGCAAGUCUGGGGAGAGGGGUGAUAGCUGAGGAAGGGAACAAAAAUGAACACUGAAUCUUAACGUUGCUGUCCAGAGGGAAGAAAAAUGUAAAAACAAAAAAACAACACAAUCCAUGGUUAUAUAUUUUUUAUUUCUUAAAAAAAAUCAUCCUGGUGUUAGGGAAUGUUAAAACAGCAGCCAUUGUGAGAUGCUUAUUCCUGCGCUUCUGUAUUUCCUCGUUUUCUGUGCUGGCACAUACACUGAGCAUGCUCAUGUUGAAGGUUCAGCGGUUUAUCUUCCGUGUUUCAUAGCAUUUGGCUCAGAGGCUUCCUAGAUUGUUGUGACGAUAAAGCUAGAAAUCUGUAAUGUUAGGUCUGAUUUAUUUUCUUUUGUUUUCUCUCCUUUCUCUUCUUCAGUCUCUCCAGUUUUUUUUUAAAGAAAUAGAUGUCUAAUUCUGAAAUUGUAUGAAAUGACUGAACAUAAAUUAUAUGUCAAGUUAAUUUUUUAUUUUUUAAAGGCAUCUUUUACCACUAGGUUUGAAAAUAUAGCUGUGAAAGAGGUUGAUGUUAUAAAAGCAAAAGCCCUUCUAUCAAGAUUCUUUCCCAUGUUUUUAAGCCAAUAACACAGGUUGGGGAGGAUGGGAUUUGUUCCAUCAUGAUGUGUGUUCAGAUGUAUGUAUCAAAUAAGUAUAUGGCCCUAAAUUAGAAAUUGCACACAUCUGUAUUUUGCUCUGUUUUAAACAGUAAUUGUCUGGCAUCAUGAGACCCAUCUCUGAACUUUCCUCUUUAAUCAGUCUGGUUUUGAAAGCUCCUUUGCCAGAUGGGUGCAAUUUAUUUACAAGUCACCAUCUUGAUGUGGAAGUUGGCAAGAUUAAUCUAGUUCACCACUAAAGGGUAUAACAAGAUGUUUUGUUUUGCUUUGUUUUAUGAAGAGCUGCUUCCUCAGAAAGCACUGGAGCCAUUUCAGGGUGCCAUUGGGUAAUCAUUUUUGGUACCAGAUGGAUUUUUUAAAGGAAUAUGGGCAGAAGCACAGUAUCAUUCCAGUUUCCUGCAGGCUGAAUUAUCCGUUCAACCAUUUGUUGGCUUUCCCCUUCAUAAAUUAUGCUAACAGUGCCCAAAGACAAUUUUAAAGGUACCUGCCAACGUGAUGGUUGGGUUACAGAAAGCACAAAGGAGCCCUUUAUAAGGAGAAGUAAGGUCCCAAUGCACAUGCCUCUCUUGCUGAUGCACAAUCCAGUUUUGUUAUUGGGAGCGUCCCAUUUGCCUGUUCCCAUUCGAUGCAUUUCUGAUCUGCUUUGUUUUCAAAUGUGCCAGCUCCUGAUGUCCCAAGAUAUGGCUUGCCAAACAGUUCCUUCCCUUUCCAAAUUGUUUCAGCACCUAAAGCAUUGAUCCACUCUCAUGGCUGUCAGAGUAGAAGACAGAAAAGCCAUGCUGGUAACAGAUAAGGUUCAAUAAAGCUUGCCAUGGUACCAUCAGGCUAUGUAUAAAAGGGAUAAAAGAGUGUUAAACUUAUGCAGAAAUGUCAGUCGGUUAAUAUUUCAGGAUUUUCACUGGAUACCAAAGACUGGAGCAGCGAAGCUGAAGGCCAAGGCAAGAGAAACUGGAUGUGUGCUUUCCCAUUUUAUCCCUACCAAUUUUAAAGUGAAAGGAUAUCCAUCCAGAGCUGGAAGAGCAGUUUGCACAAGUGGACCCGGCUGGUUCCGAUGGGGUAGUGAGACAGAGGUCUGACCUAGACAGCAUUGCAGGUUGUUGGAAUGUGAGGUUCAGGUUCUCACUUUUUAUUCUCUGUAGCACAUAGAUCUUGGACAAGCAUCCCUAUUUAUUGUAAUUAGCAGAAGAAUUGUGCCGGGGGAAUACCUUGUUUUAUCGGAGUUGUCCUGUGAAUGUUCUUUUAUUUAAGCUAUGGCACUAAAAAAAAUUCCUUUGGAUUUCAAAGGAUUUGUGUUUCCCUGUGCCCUCUGAAAAUAUUAAAUUUAUGCAGUGAUAUGUAACUUCUCUAUCUCUCUUGUGUACACGCAAAGAGGCAUUAAAUUUUCAAUUCUCAACAGUGAUUUUUUACAGGGCCUUAGAGAAGUACAGACUAUUACCAAAGAAAAGGGAAAGCCUACUAUUUUUUAAAGAAAAUGCUAUUUUCUCUUUUCCUGUCAUCAUAGUAUGUGUUUCAGUGACUCCACUGCAGAUAUAUGACUGUUUUUCCACUGCCAUAGAUGAUUAAUGCAAUCUGUUUCUAAAAUUCAGCAUCCUUCUUUUGAAUCCCAAAAAUGACUGUGACAGUUGCCUAUAGGUUGCAAAAUUAUUUAUUGAUCCUCCUGAACAUGCCAGGAGCACAAAUAUGUUGCUACCAGGUUGUCAGUGCUUUAACACAGCUCUCAAAGUAAGCCAUAGACUUUAAAGGAUCCUUUUUUUCUUAUUCUUCCUCCUCUUCUAAAGGCAGAUAAUAAUAAUAAUGAAAAUAAAACAACAACAACUGUCCAAACAUUAUUCUUAGUCAGACCCCUUUAAUGUGAAACAAGGUUAUACCAUAGUAAUGCUUGCUGGAUUGCAUGUGUCCAGAUUAAAUAGCAGUUCUUCUAAGCGAUCCCUUUACCCUUUUAUACGCCAUGAUGUGGGAACCAUUUCGUUGUGGCGCAUUCCAUUGCCACAGAGAAAAGUGUUUCUGGAACAUAUGAAUUGUGUAGGUGGAACCAGAGGUCUGAAAACCCAAGGAGGAAACAUAUUUUUCCAAGGGUAUGUGUGAAAACCUUUCUUCCCAUCUUUUCCCUCCCCUCUCAACCCAUUUCUCCACAUGUCAUCACAUCUCUAAAAGGGGCAGAUUGUAGAGAUUAUUUCUGUAACAAGUUGGUACACAUGGUCAAAAUAUCAGCACCCCUUUAGAGCUGGAUUGCACUGUAGGGGAGCUGUUUGCAUGCCAUUUGUAUGCAAGAGACCUCUUUUUCUAGCUGUCAGAUACCAGACAAAGAGAAUGUGAGGCCAAAAUGAUACUUGCUGAAGUUGGGGAAUGUUGUGACAAGCCAGGAAAGGGUAAUUUAGUUCAUACAGUUUGAUGAAAUCCUUCUAGAAAUGAGCAUCAACCAUCAACUUCCUUAUCAGUGUAUUUAUUAAUAAUACAAAUAAACUACCAUUUUCUGUCUUUGUUUUGUUGGGGAAAUGGCUUUCCAUAGGUUUAAAGCUUCCUGUGUUCUUGUUUUCUGAUAAUUUUCCCCAGGUAAUUUUAGACUUUUCUUUUAAAUACUGCUGUAAAUGUUACACGGGCAAAAGUUAAUGUAGUUCACCACCUUCUAAGAAGGCUUGAACUUCCCUAUGUUUCAGCCACAUGUGUUUAUGGUUUGUAGAAUGCAUGGAUUUAAGAAACCUGAGUUCAGGUCUCUGUGUUGAUCUUUGGGUUGAUCCCUGCUUUAAUCUGUGUGCAUUUUAUCAAGUGUGGAGAGUACACAUGUUUUGAAAGUAGUACAAAACGUUUAGAAGUGGCCACUUUGGUCUUGAAAGCUUUGGACAGAUGGCAAUAUAGAGCAAUUCCUCACUACUGCACAUGCACAGGAUCUCAAAAUAAAGUUUAUUGAUUUAAUUUCAAAGACCUUUGAGUUCAAAAGCACAAUAGUUGAUUGCAAACAAAGGAACCUAAAAAAUGACUGUUCCCAUCCCUUCACAUCCAUCUGUUUGUUCAUAUGAUUUUGGACAAGGAUUAGCCAUAUGAUGCAUUUUUAUUCUUAAUUUUAACCCUUUCAUUGAUAACUGUUAUAGACAUGUGGUGAGUUCUUGGAUGUACUGCAUCAUGAAAACCAUCCUACUCUGUCAUGGAGUUCAUCCAUUUGUAUGAGGAAAGAAUUUUCACCUCACAACUACAUGAUUAGGAGUGAGCUGUGUUUGAAAAAGGAAGAGAAUACAUGCUUUUGAACCUGCAUCGAUACUCAGAGUGCUGAUACCAUUAGGAAGUCUAAGAGUAAGUGAAUUGAGUGGUAAUUUGUUAACCACAUUCAUCAAUAUUUGUCCUAACAAUAAGUGCCAAAUCCAGUAUCUGAAAAGAAAAUAGUUAUUCUCCCCUUAAUCCUUCAAUUUCCAGCUACAGCUGGACUACCAAUAGUCAUAUGGUCAGCAGACCAUCAUGAUCUCACAGCAGUUUUUUUACUUCUUAUCUCCUUCUUUUUAAUCUACUUAUUAAACUGGAAGCCUUGAAAAGCUGAAAUAUUAAACAUGGUGGCAUCAUCAUUGGCUGCUUUUGUACCUGAAUAAAAGUAAGUUGUGCUUCAGUAGAAACUGUCCAUCUAUAGCCUCUUUCAUGUUAUGGAAAACUUUAGUAAUCCAUCAGCUGGUAGCCACUUGUCUUGCAAACUGAAUAAAGAUAGUGGGAAUGAAGAUACACCCACAUUAUCUGUAGAACCACAUAGGCUUUGGAGAAAUGCUGAACCUACAGACUAUGAUUUUUCAAGUUGUAAAAAUGCAGUCACAAAUCAGAAUUAUGAAAUCAUUCCCAAAAUGGAUAUGUAAGUUAACAUUGCACCACACUUUUUUAAAAAAAAAAUUCUAGGAGUUAUAUUUUGCUUUAAUUUUCAUGUGUUAUGUGAAUGUGAUGAACAUGGCUGGCCCAUGGUGUUGUGUGUUUGGGGUGGGUUGUGAGAAAAGAAUUGUAUGACAUGGUUCCUUAUUUUAAAAAGAAAUAAUAGCCAGUUUUUAAAAAGGAAAGGAGUGCAGGAAGACCUGGCCUUCCUUAAUUUGUGAGCUCUUCAUUGGAACUGGAAUUCAGGAGCCAUUGUAUAGAUUUAUUAGGUAGGUAGCUAGUUUUCCAUACACUGGAUGUUUGGUAGUUAGAUACCAAACCUCUUUAGAACUGAAAACCUUAAAAUGGUAUGGGGUCAUUCAGUCAUUUCCAUCAGGAAAACUGGCAAAGCUCUUAUGUAAAAGUGUUCGUUACACAAAACCCAUCAUUCAAGGACUUGAAAGAGUUGUGUGUGUGUGUGUUUUUUAAUGUUUACCCUCAUGUGACUCCUUCAGAUGUUUGCUUAGUUGAUGUUUUUUAAAUGCCAAUUCCAAAUUGUGGAGCACAAUGCUGAUCACGAUCUGUAUGAUGUUGGGUAGUUUUGACCAAGAUACUUUUAAUGUGAGUCACAGGUCUUUAAUUUCUUCAGAAACCAAUAUAUUGGACACUCAAGAUGGAACUUUCCUAUUUGGCCCCCUAAUUAUGUUAUUAUACAGAGCAAUCUGUGAAAUAUUAUUUUCAUGAUCCUGUAACGUGUGCUUUCCCCUCUCCUGGACACUUGAGUGUGAAUAUAAUGCCAAUUCACUACAAGUAAAGCUAUAUAUAUAAAAAAUA